GUAGAUAAAAUGAAUAAAAGUAUUGGCAUUCUAUUUGCACCGACUCACAAUGCUUUCAAUGUUAUAUUAAUCGGAUUGUGUGGAUAUUUGAUUUUCAGAUCUGAUAAUAGAGGAAUUAUUUUUUUUUCCGCUGUUUUUCAACUAUCCGGAUGGCUUAUUGUUCAGUGGAUAUCUUGCUACACGGGACAACUCCUGGAAGACUCAGUUUCAGAACUCCGAGAAGAACUGUAUAGCAUGAAUUGGUAUGAUAUGAAUCAUUCAUUAAGAAGUACGUUCAAGCUUUUUCAAUUGCAAUUGAGUUUGCCAGUCCAUUUUAAAAUUCAACCGUUUCCUGUACUGAAUAAAUACCGUUUCUCAGAUUUGAUCAAAGGGGUCUACUCCUUCUUCAUGUUUCUCCAAGGAAGAAAUUAUUAAGGCAGUUAUUCCUUUUUUCUGGUGGCUUUGAUUUUCAAGUUUCUUAAUUGUAAUUAGAGUUGCACGAGUUUGACUUGAAUGUUGGAGAUUGACUUGAGUUCGACUUGAAAUUAAGUCAAACUCAUUAUUAUUAUUAUAUACCUUGAAUGGGUAAAACAUUUAUAUUAAAUAUAGUUAAUAGAUAGGUGUCAUAAAUAGCUACAUCAAUUUAAAACAAUAAGAAAUCACAUUAUUUCAAACUUUUUUUAAUCAAAUCCAACUUGUCACCUCAAAAAAAAGAAAAGUUCUUACUUCAGUACUUCUUACAAAUUAAGUGAAUGCUAUGUACAAGAAAUCUGGCACUAGAGCCCCCUGCUAAUAAAAAUUACAACUACAAUACAACAAAACGCAUAUUUACAAAUUUUAGGAUAAAGGAGCUGCCGUCCAAAAACUAUUUUGACAAUUUUGGAUCCAACGAUUUAUGUUGUAACACAAAUACUACUUGAUCCAAAAGGUGUUGCCUCCAGCGAAAAUUCUACUUCAUACAAUUUUUGUAGCUCUUUAUCAAAUAUCGUUGAAGAACUAGUUCCACUAUUGGCAUUUUAUACCGUUGAUUUUUAUUUUUACAUAAUUUGCACUUUAAAAUUUACAUUGUUUUUGGAAUCGCCUGUCGCAGCAUAAAAAAAAAUCUGUAUAUUUCUUUUUCUUGUUGAUUAAUUUUGGCCCGUCUACAGAUUUUUGUCUCAUAGUUUUUGGAGGGGGGUCUCCAAAAUCAGACUCAAUUUGAUAUAGUACUUCUUCCGAGCUGCAUGAGCUACAUGAAAAGAGUUCAGGUUCAGAUAUUUCGACUUCAAACACAACACACAGCACACACACUUAAAAAAAACAAACAAGCAAAGCUUAUCCUGCUAAAUAUGAACUAUAACUAAUUUGCGGAGUAACAAAGUACAA